CGGGGAACGGCUGAGCCAACGGCUGAGCCCACGGCUCGCCGCCGCCCCCGCCGCCGCCCGCUUUCAGCUCGGGCUGCAGGUGGUGAUGUCAUCUCCAUUUCGAAGAUGAGGAAACUGAGGCUAAGAAAAGUGAAUGACUUGCCUAAGAAUUUUAUACCUAUUAAGUGAUGGAGCUGGACACAUUUCCAGUCCUCACAGCAGCCUGGUAACUGAGUACUGUUAUGAAUCCCAUUUUCCAGAAGAGGAAAGUAGAGGCACAGAGAAGUCAAAUAACUUACCCAGGCCUGCUGACUCCAAGUCCACUGCUCUUCCAGCCGCUCACUUGUUCAUCUGUUUUUCAGGCCACCUCCCUCGUUCAAAUACAGCAUUUGUUGUGGCUGUCUGCCCGGCUGCCUGGCAGUCUGAUUAAAAGGACAAGUCAUUGUGUACACUCAUCAUCACUACAACAUUAUUGACAAUAGCCAAGAGGUGUAAGUCGCCUGCAUGUCCAUGGCCAUAUCAAUGGAUAAAGAAAAUAUGGACCCUAGCAUCCUGAGAUAUUUUUGGAUUCAUAGCCCUUAAGAGUGACCUGGUCAGAGGUCAUCAUGUCAAAGCUGAAAAGCUCAGAAUCAGUCCGGGUGGUGGUUCGCUGUCGGCCCAUGAAUGGCAAGGAAAAGGCUGCUUCAUACGACAAGGUGGUGGAUGUGGACGUGAAGCUAGGGCAGGUGUCUGUCAAGAACCCCAAGGGAGUGGCCCAUGAAAUGCCCAAGACCUUUACUUUUGAUGCUGUCUACGACUGGAACGCCAAACAGUUUGAACUCUAUGAUGAGACCUUCCGACCGCUGGUGGACUCUGUCCUUCAGGGUUUCAAUGGGACAAUUUUUGCCUAUGGACAGACAGGGACUGGGAAAACCUACACAAUGGAAGGAGUCCGGGGUGACCCUGAAAAAAGAGGGGUCAUCCCUAACUCGUUUGAUCACAUCUUCACCCAUAUCUCUCGAUCCCAGAAUCAACAGUACUUGGUCAGGGCUUCUUACUUGGAGAUCUACCAGGAGGAGAUCCGAGACCUGCUCUCCAAGGAUCAGACCAAAAGGCUCGAGCUCAAGGAGAGGCCUGACACUGGGGUGUACGUGAAAGACCUGUCUUCCUUCGUUACCAAGAGCGUGAAGGAAAUAGAGCAUGUGAUGAACGUGGGGAACCAGAACCGUUCUGUUGGGGCCACCAACAUGAAUGAGCACAGUUCCCGUUCACAUGCAAUUUUUGUCAUUACCAUCGAAUGCAGUGAGGUGGGCCUCGACGGUGAAAACCACAUCCGGGUAGGGAAACUGAACCUUGUAGAUCUUGCUGGCAGUGAACGGCAGGCCAAGACCGGUGCGCAAGGGGAAAGACUGAAGGAAGCAACCAAGAUCAACCUGUCCCUUUCGGCCUUGGGUAAUGUCAUUUCUGCCCUGGUGGAUGGAAAAAGCACUCAUAUUCCAUAUCGGGACUCCAAGCUUACCAGGCUCCUCCAGGAUUCUCUUGGUGGUAAUGCUAAAACUGUGAUGGUGGCCAAUGUGGGGCCUGCCUCUUACAAUGUAGAAGAGACCCUAACCACUCUAAGAUAUGCCAACCGUGCCAAAAACAUUAAGAACAAGCCAAGGGUCAACGAGGACCCUAAGGACGCCCUUCUUCGAGAAUUCCAGGAAGAGAUUGCUCGGCUCAAGGCCCAGUUAGAGAAACGGUCCAUUGGCAGAAGGAAGAGGCGAGAGAAGCGGAGGGGGGUUGGGGGUGGGGAAGAGGAGGAGGAGGAGGGAGAAGAUGGGGAGGAGGAAGGGGAUGACAAGGAUGAUUAUUGGCGGGAACAGCAAGAGAAACUGGAGAUCGAGAAGCGGGCCAUUGUUGAGGACCACAGCUUGGUUGCAGAAGAAAAGAAGAGGCUGCUGAAGGAGAAGGAGAAAAAGAUGGAGGAUCUGCGGCGGGAGAAGGAUGCUGCUGAGGUGCUCGGGGCCAAAAUCAAGGCCAUGGAGAGUAAGCUGCUCGUUGGAGGAAAAAAUAUAGUAGAUCAUACAAAUGAACAGCAGAAAAUCCUGGAGCAGAAACGGCAAGAAAUUGCAGAACAGAAACGUCGAGAGAGAGAAAUCCAGCAGCAGAUGGAAAGCCGAGACGAGGAGACCUUGGAACUGAAGGAGACGUACAGCUCAUUGCAGCAAGAGGUGGACAUCAAGACCAAGAAACUCAAAAAGCUCUUCUCUAAGCUUCAGGCAGUCAAGGCAGAGAUCCAUGACCUCCAAGAAGAGCACAUCAAGGAGCGACAGGAGCUGGAGCAGACUCAGAAUGAGCUUACCAGGGAGCUGAAACUCAAGCAUCUUAUUAUAGAAAACUUCAUUCCUCUGGAAGAAAAAAGUAAAAUUAUGAAUAGAUCCUUCUUUGAUGAAGAGGAAGAUCAUUGGAAAUUACAUCCUAUAACCAGACUGGAGAACCAGCAGAUGAUGAAACGGCCAGUCUCAGCUGUGGGAUACAGGAGACCAUUGAGCCAGCACGCAAGAAUGUCCAUGAUGGUUCGUCCAGACGUUCGAUACAGGGCAGAAAACAUCAUGCUGCUGGAGCUGGACAUGCCCAGUCGGACCACCAGAGACUACGAGGGCCCUGCCAUUGCCCCCAAGGUCCAGGCCGCAUUGGAUGCGGCUCUGCAGGACGAAGAUGAGAUACAGGUGGAUGCAUCAUCCUUUGAAAGCACUGCACAUAAGAAAACCAAGGCCAGGCCUAAAAGUGGAAGGAAGUCGGGCUCCUCCUCCUCUUCCUCAGGAACGCCCGCAUCUCAGCUUUAUCCACAGCCUCGGGGGCUAGUUCCAAAGUAAAGCCACUUCCCCCUCUCCCAGGUUACAAACAGCCUUGCCUUCUGGGAGAAGAGACAAGCAAAAACCUACAGAGAGGACUUGACCCCAAACUCAGAACCAUUCCCCUGGGGAGAAGCAAUGGCCUCUUUGCCGAUGAACCAACUUAAUCUGGUUGAACAUGCUGGUCGCAAGAUGGCAGUCAGCUCCUCUGGGACCUGUCCUUUAAUUAGCAUCUCAGAACUGCCUGGAUAAGGUAAAGUGUGAUAGCCGGAGUGGAAAGCAAGAGAGUGACCGGUGACCUUGCUUUCCUUCUCCCUUGCCACCUCCUCUCCUUUUCCUUGCCGUCCCAUCCUCUCCCUCUACUUUUCUAGCCUGUUCUUUAUACUGGGCUCCCUUCUUGUUGAACAACAAUAGGGCAAAAUCAGGAGUCACCUCAGCAGACCAAGUCUUUGGAGCCUCAGGAUAAAGUGGCAAUGAGUCUGAAAAGCGAAAGUCCUAGAACUUGAUUGAGCAGGUGCUCGUUCUUGUAGGUAGAAAGUGAGAAAUCUCAUUUGGAGCCAAGCCUCUGAGGGGCACGGUCCAUGCACCUCAGUAAGAAGUGGAUCUGCCUUUGGGGUCUGCUGAAGGAGCAGAUAUUUUCCAAGGAAGCUGCCAACUUCUGCUCCAGAAGGAUUCCAUGUCAGAAGCAAUAGAAGUAACACUUCCUCUGCCUCCUUGGAGAGUUUAGGGAAACAGCUUCUUUAAAACCUUAAAACCAUGACCAUCUUAUCCAAGACGUGAAUCUGUAAGCUGAUGCCAUGUCUAUACGCUGCGUCACUUUGCUCUUUAUUGGUCACCAUCUAUUCCCAUGUACAAUCUCUGAGCGAACUUGCCUGGGCCCAUCCUCUGCCUCUAGAGCAUGCUCUGCAGUGGGCCUGUAUUUUGGGAAAAGGGAGGCUGUCUCUGCCUUCUCUGAUGGGACCAGAGCUGGGGGGAUGAGACACAGAGUGGUACUUCUGCAUCCCCCGUUUUGCUCCAUCCUUGCAUAGAGAGCAUUGGGGUGACGAGGUCGGUGCCAAGAUGGAGUCAUAAGGCUCUGUGCAGUGGCGAAGGAAGACAGGACAGCUGGAGGCAGAGGAAUCCUGCCUGCCUCCCGCAGGAAACUCACCUAAUCCUAGGACUGGGACUCCCCCGAGGCAGAGCCCGGGGCGGUAGCGAGGCAUGGCCGUGAGAUCCAAUAGUUCAGAGGAGUUAGGAGUUCUGUUUACAUAUACUAGUUUGGUUUGUAAGUUUUAGUUCUCUGUAUUAUUGAAAUUCAAAAUUUGGCUUUAUGUUGGUCAUUAGGUGGAUGUUACUCAUUUCCCCCCAUGAGAAGCUCAUAAGUGUGUGUGGGUGUGCAAGCACAGUGGUGCCUAUGUUCUUUGAAUGUGUCGUGUGUGUCUGUAAGAGAGAGAGAGACCAAGAACUUGCCCGACUUUAGAAAUACACUAACGUGCAGUUGUUGCCUUUGUCUGUAUUAAAGGCCCGCUGAAUGACUAAUCCAGGCUGGAAGCUCCCACGUGGGUGUCUGAGUCCACGAGCCAAGCCUGAGGGGACAAUAUGUGUCCCUAGUCGGCCAUACCGGCGCACCUUGCUGGCACCGUGCCUCGGGAAGGUGGCGACUCAGUGGGCCUUGAGUUAUAUUUUAACUCAGCUGCUCAGUUCCCAGGGCACCUUUCUGGAUCAGAACCCGUGGGAAAGAGGAGGUACCGAGUGCAAUGUCUUAGCGUCCUGCAAAUGGAGAUCUGUCGUCCACCAGCUUAUCUCCUGUUUAGUAACCAUUCUUUCUGAACCCAGGGCCCUUUUCAGCAAUUCCCGGAGCAUAAUGGAGGCAUCCCUCAUCUUUCUCGGGAUCAAACUCUGUUCUUUAAUAUUUACUAAGAGUGUCCCUGUUUGAACAGGAACCAAAUGAUGGGGUGGGUAGCCUAAGAUGGUGACCUGCUGGUUACACCUGUCUCUUGCACUACGUUUCCUUGAAGCUGAUCUGAAUUCUGUAGGCUGAACAUUUCCAUCUAGGAAAUCUGAGAAUUAAAAAUUGCAGAUAACCCUGUAGCUGAAUACUGAUGUCUCAAGGUGACUAUUCUGACCAUGGUUGGUUGAAUGACCAUGGAACUUUUCUAAGAAGGCAAAACAAGUAAGCCGAGUUGACAGGCGGGGUCAUGAAAACAGGCCUGCCUUGUACUCAGCUGUGUUCAUUUGGUGGUCUUUGAAAUGAAGUAGAAGAACGCCUGGCUGGAGGUUGAGUCUCCGGUGCUUUUCUUCUCUCAAAAUGGAUCCGAUAAAUAUUCGAAUAGAGUAGAGUGUCCUGCUGCCUGCCACCAGGAAGCUGCUGCUUUGGGCUCUGAAUUGAGCCAAAGGUGUAGAUGUACCAAGAUGACUGAGGGACCAGGUUUUUAUUGUCUGUAGUCAUGCUAGAAUGUUUCAAGCCCUCUGAGGGCCUUCACGUCAGCAGCAACUAAUGAAAUCUGGCAGCAAGGCCCCAGGAUCUAAUAAACUCAUCCGAGAGAAGGAGUUUGAGACAAACGUGCAACCGCCUACAGGAAUGUAUCUGGUUUCAGAUUUCAAAUCCCAUGUCUCCCAGGCCCCUGGAUUGAGAACUCAAGGCCACAAAUCAUAGGCAUGAAGCACUUUCUUAAGACUCCACCCUAAUGUUGGAUGGCUCCCCGUCGAAUGCCUGCAUGCUGCUUGAAAGGCACCACCCGCAUCUCCACGACCACGGGCGUCAAGAGAGUUGCUCAGCUCCGGCACGGGCCACGCUCUGCUUCUCCUGUGUGACUCUUAUAAGUGCCCCUUCACUGAAUGUAGAAUCCUUGCCAAGUUUGUGAGAAGUGUCCAUUCCCUGUCAACAUGGGAUAUCAGUCCAGCCUCACAUUUCCCACUGGAGGUCGAGGCUCAGCACGAACACCACCUUGGGCCAUCUCAGCACCAUCAGUGGAUGAAAAUGGGGCUGUUAAUACACUCUAAAAGCCAUAAUCAGAAUGCUCAGAAGGACCUGGAUAAGAACAGCGGGCCUGGCUAUUGUCGUUGUGCAAGGUUGUGUCUUGUACUGUUUGGAAAUCUGCCCCGCCUCCUCCCUGCCCUCGCUUCUUGAAUGAAAUGCUUCUGAGGUUAUUUAUGAAAGGAGUGAUCCUGGCACAGGCAGGAGGCAGUGGGCUUUAUGGCUCCUUGGAGUUACUAUUGAUCUUGACCUUCUCUUUGGCUACCUUUAGACAAAGAAUAUACCAAUACUUGGGGCUCUGAGUUUUAUAGUCAAUAUUUAUUUGUAUCAUCUCUUUGUCUAGGAAUGUAAAAGUGACUCUAAACUAAGAUGUGUAAUAAAAAUCAGAUUUAUUGUACCUCCAAAAA